CUGGCCCUGGACACUUCUGUCACCAUGUGGCUCCUGGUUCUGUGCCUCGCCCUGUCGUGGGGGUGGACCGGCGCCAUGCCCCCUGUGCAGUCCCGGAUUGUAGGGGGCCAGCCGUGUCAGAAGCACUCCCAGCCCUGGCAGGUGGCUCUAUACAGCUAUAGCACAUUGCAGUGCGGGGGUGUCCUGGUGGACCCCCGGUGGGUGCUCACAGCCGCCCACUGCAUCAGCAAAAAUUACCAGCUGUGGGUCGGUCGCCACAACCUGUUUGAGAACGAGCCGGAAGCGCAGUACGUCCAGGUCACCGGCAGCUUCCCACACCCAGACUUCAACAUGUCCCUCCUGGAAAACCACACGCGCCACCUGGGCGAGGACUUCAGCCACGACAUCAUGCUGUUGCGGCUGGCCGAGCCCGUGACCCUCUCGGACGCCGUGCAGCUGCUCAAGCUGCCCACCCACGAGGUCCCCAUAGGGACGACCUGCCUGACCUCGGGCUGGGGCAGCAUCACGCCAGGGACCCUCUUGUUCCCAGACGAACUCCAGUGUUUGAACGUGGACAUACAGAGCAACGCCGUGUGUAAGCAAAACCACAUCUAUAAAGUAACACCGUUCAUGCUGUGUGCCGGCCUCCCGGAGGGCGGCAAGGACACCUGUCGGGGCGACUCUGGGGGCCCUCUGGUCUGCGAAGGUGUGCUCCAAGGGAUCCUGUCCUGGGGCUUCAUACCCUGUGGCAGACCCAACAAACCCGCCGUGUACACACGAGUGUUGUCCUACGUGCAGUGGAUCCAGGACACCAUGGCCCAAAACCCCUGAGUCGCGUCUGCCCUGCCCGCCCCCGCCAGUUCCCCGCCUCCAGUAAAC